AUGGACUCAAUGGUGAUUAAUGAUGCGACGCCAGGGUCCUCGUUUUCGGCCCCAACUGCCUCGUUCGCUUCAUCUCCCAACAAGAGGAAGCGACCAGCAAAGGUGGCCAUCGCUACUGAAUCGUUUCGGAGCAUCAAUGAUGGUAGGACUGGCCUGGUGCCUCGCUGCAAGCUGUCCCUCCUCUGUCACGAUGACUACUACGCUUCUUCUCCGUUCUCUCCUUCCUCUUCCUCAUCAGCACCAGCAUUCACCCUCCCUGUCUCCUCCUCAUCCUCGACUUUGCCGGACUACUCCUUCACUUCGCCUCUCGACUCCUGCCUCCAUCCACUUCGUUCAUCCACCUCUCCUUCUUCCACUUCGUCGCUCUCUUCGUUCUUUCCUUCCACCGAGCUGCAUUCGAGCAUGAUCACCGAAGAUGAUGAGCGAGAGGAGGAGGCCAACGAGCGACGCACAUCCGACGUCGCACCCAUCAACGCCGCCAGCACCGCCUUCUCGCUUUGGCAGCUGCCGUCGCCUCUUCUUCCACUUUCCUCUCCCGCGCCCAGCGUCUUCUUCCCCUCAUCAACCGCAACGUCGUCUUCACCUCGGCCGCCUCGCCAGCGACGACGAGCCGGUCACAGCGCCCGAAGGCGACUGGCCCUAACAACGGUGGGCGGGGGAGAAGCGAGUACCUUCCCGCACACCAUCGUCGGCUCUUCAACGUUUCCCCACGCCUCUCUUUCGUCGUCUUCUUCAUCAUCCGCCGAUGGCGCAUGA